CGGCGCGGGGCAUGCCGGGAGCGGCGGUGGGGUCCCCUACAGCCUCCCCCGCCCCCUGAAUCUCCCGCUUGUGCGGCGGGAGCGGCACAGGUGCCCCUUCGCGCCGGGCCCGGGGCAUGACGCUCCCGGGAGGCCGCGGCACCGGCGGGGUGCCGGGGCCUUGAGGGGCGCCGCCUACCCCGCGCCUCUGAGGCGCGUAGCCUGAGGCGGCGGGACCUCGCGGAGCAUCGCGCAGCUCCCGCGGGCGGAACGGCGGCGCGCAGGGAGGGCUCUACGGCUUGCGCGGGGCCGCCGCCGUUGCCUGGUAGCGGCGGGCCCGGCCCUCCCCGCCGCUCCGCUGCCCGCCGCCGCCCGGGGAUGAGGGCCGCCGACUGGUGCCUGAGCUCGGCGGGGGCUGCCCUCGUCCUGGCCACCUCCAGCGACGAACAGCACCCCGCCGAGAGCGUAGCGGACGGAAGUUCAGAAACGUUUUGGACGACGACUGGCAUGUUCCCACAGGAAUUCAUCAUCGGUUUUCCUAAAUGUGUAAAAAUCAGCAAAGUCGCAAUCCAGUGCUAUUUGGUGCGGACCUUAAGGAUUGAAAGAAGCGUAUCUAAAGACCCAGUAGGUUUUGAGCUGUGCAUUGAAAAAGAUUUGCAACACACAGAAGGACAGCUUCAAAUGGAAGAAUUUCCACUUCCUGAUUUCCAAGCCACUUACUUGCGUUUCAUCAUCAAAUCUGCCUUUGAUCAUUUUGUAUCAGUGCACCGGGUGAUGGCAGAGGGCACAGCAGAAAACACUUAAGUCCAGCUUAAAUUUGUACCUCAGUGUUUUUAUAAAGAAGUUAUAUUUUGAUAUCUGUAUCACAGAGAAUAUUUAUUAUUAAAACCUUGUAUUAAAGAGUUUUUGAAGGUA